UUGUGAAUUAUUUUGAAAGUGUAACCGGAAACGGUAUUAUUGUUUUUCCUCCUGCACGCUCUGGACGUUCUUACGUCAACGUAACGGAUCUAUGACAAAAGCUACCCGUGAGGUAGUGGUCCCCGAAACAUGUCUCUUCUCCCCCGGGUUGUCAUGCUGAAUCUGACCGGGGAUGGGAACCUCCCUGCCGCCUAAACCAGCGAUUUACUCCCCUGCAGCGGUUCAACCGGAGCGUUAAAACAACAGAGGUAACCGGGCUCUUUAUUUAUCCAAGAGAAGAUGGCGGAGUUUUCGCCCGUCCUGCCGAUUCGGGAUGGAGGAGGACGAUUUGGCCAGCCCAUCUUCCCUCGGUCCAGGUCCGGUUCCGAGUCCGAGAGCGAACUGUCCCAGAGCCUGGCCCGGACCAAGAUCCGGUCGUACGGAAGCACAGCUAGCGUCACGGCCUCUCUGGGCGAGAAAUACAUAGAGCAUCGGGUUACAGACAGUGAUACCUUGCAAGGGAUUGCUCUCAAAUACGGUGUUACGAUGGAGCAAAUCAAGAGAGCCAACAAGCUGUUCAGCAACGACUGCAUUUUCCUGAAGAACAGCCUCAACAUCCCCGUGGUGUCGGAGAAGCGCUACAUAUUUAACGGACUGUCUCUAGAGUCUCCUGAUGGAGACGGUGAAGCAGCGUGCCAGGAGGCAGACACACCUUGUGUUAUGUUGCAGGAUAUCGAGGGACCUUCGCCAGCCCCUUCCCCGCCCCCUGCGGACUCCAAACCCCCCCAGCCAGAGGAGCUGUCAGCCAAAGACUUCUUACACAGACUGGACUUGCAAAUUAAACAAUCAAAGCAGGCAGCGCGCAGGCUGAAAGAGGAGGAAGUGAGGAACAAUGAGGAGGACUACACGGCCCCUACGACGUCAUAUCAGGAGAUAUAAAGGAUCAGUCUGUUUACCGCACACACCUGUCACACGCAAACACUACCACAACCCUGACCGCUUUGUUUUCUCUUUUCCUUUUUGCUUUUACCAAACCACGUUAAACAAAAGUGUCAUGUCUGCCUUUUAUUUAUUGAUAUGCAAUUAUUCCGAUGUAUAUGAUUGUUAUUGUUUUGUACGGUUUCACUUGGAGACGAGGAGCCUCUGAUAUAAAUAGCAUUCGAGCACACGUACCCAUCAACUCAUCAUAUGCUUCUGAAGCUGCUGUACAGAACCCACCUGCUGCACACACACACACACACACACACACACUCAGCGAUUCCAGAAGGAUUAGCUUGUUAGACCUGCUAACUGCUUCUGAUGUGCUAAAUCCCCUCCUAGAAUAGUAUCAUUGGGAAGUAUAUUCAGGCCUUCCUCAUCAGUGUUUACCAUGUCUGUAUGACGAGCACACCACAAACAGAAGCGGUGGAUGGACUCAAGCCUUUGAACACUUUCCAUUUGCCUCAUUGAAGCUUUUUUUUCUUUGGGAAAAAGAAGGGACUGCUCUAUUUUUGAAGUGUGAAUGCAUUAUUUAUGUGUGUGGAGAACUGUCUGUAACAGCUGUUUUAUUGUGCUUUUAAAUUCUAUUGGUUUUAUUUGGGGAGAUUAAAUAUGUAUUUAAACCAGA